UUAUAAAUUAGAGUCUCAGUCAGUCAGAAGCAGAACAACUUGUCCCCUUUGUCAUCUUUUUUCUCAUAAAUUCGGAAAUAUAUAAUUAUGGGGGUCCUUAUUUUUCCAUUUUUAGGAGCAAUGUUUCUUGGUCAGUGUUUCGAUUUGGUUGAUUUUCAGUUUAAUCUCGUAAAUCCAUAUUUGGGAAUUCAACUAAAAGAUUAUACAACGAGAACCCCAAUUAACACGUUGGAAUCAAAGUUUCGAGUAGUCUCAACUCCUGCAGAUUUGGCAACGUUUUUAGGAAUGAAUAUUAUCAUUUAUCUGAAGAAAGAAUACAAUCUCUGGCCUUACGGUCCCUCCAAGUAUUUCUUGAACACUCCUAGAAGAAACAGGUUCGAUAAAGUCACCAUUGCUGUGAGGAUGAAUUUAAAAACGGAUAAAGAAACCAUUCCAGCUGAUACUCCUGUGAAUGGAGAUUGGGAAUCCAAACAGAGAGACUUCGGAGGAACACAUUAUCUGAAAAGUUUCAUACAUGGAGCAGAAGUUCAGGCAAUUAUCGAGAUAGGUUCUAAAAACAGGAGCCACUUCGAGGAGAUCAAAAGAAGAGUGGAAAGAGAAAUUGGAUCUAGUGGAAAUUUCGAUGAAGAUUUUAAAGAGAAAUUAGAUAGUGUGGUAGAAGAAAUGGGAACUUGGUACGGACUACCAUCAACUUCUGCUUACGGAAUGAAUUCUGAUUUCUUUCUUAAUCUUCCAAAAUUACUUCAAUUGAAGAAUAAUCUACAGGGAAAUAGGUCACUAGUUGUUGAAAACGUGAGGAUUCUCUACGAAUUUCACAGCUUAUCGAAAAUAUCUUCGAUUCCUCCAGUUCAGACGAAGAGAGAAUUCUUAGAACAAGCUGCACGAUUGUUGAUAAUUCGUGAAGAUAUUGUAAUCGCUCGAGAUGAGUUAAACUAUUUCUUCAGAUACGAAAUGCCCGAUUUAACGGAAGAGGAGGAGGUCGAAUUCAGCGAAUUGUUUUCCGAAAUCGAUUCACUGGGUAAAGACAUUGCCGUAUUAGCAACGGAUAUUGACGUCACAACGGAUGGAGAUAUUCACCAGUUUGAUAAUAUAUUCCUCAACUAUGGAUCGGAUGGUACCGAAAAGUAUCGUAAACGUGUUCGGGAAUUGAUAAGCAGAACCACAAGAAGAGAAUAAAAUAUUUCCUAUUCAAAUUCAUUCUAUUCUCACGAAACCAGCGUUUGUAUCAACAAUAAUUUUCACUGUAUACUACGAAUUCAAAUUUAAUUACGUAUAUGUGCUUUUAAUCGAAAUUAAAAUAAAAAAUUAAAUUGCAUCGUACAAUUUUCUGUACUUUUGUAUAGGAUAU